AAAGGGAAGUUAGCAGCCAGAAACUUUCCGCGCAACUUCCUUUAUAGAAAUUAAUCCGUUUCAACCCAUCAGGUCUUCAUUAAGGUCAAUCUUCAUUAAUUGUAUGUCAAUUCCGAUUGCCAAUUCAGAGUUAAUUGCAGCUUGAGAGUCUCUAUUUUCUCUCAUUUUCCUUCGAGAAAAUUGUAUUUUUCUUUCCAAACACAUUUUGUGCUUAUAUUUUUUCUUCUCGUUCAAUUUCACUCUGCAAUGGAAUUCGCUGCUGCCUUUAGCGGUUCUAUCCUCUCUGCCUAUUCUGAGCAGUUCCUUCACAAGUUGAAGUCUUUGCUGAAGUAUGUCAACCAAGGUAAAGUCUUCGAUCAACUCAAGAAAUGGGAGAAAAUGCUCAUGAUGAUUCGUGUGGUGCUAGAUGAUGCAGAGGAGAAGCAGAUGGCAAAUCGUUUAGUGGAGAUGUGGUUAAGCGACCUCCGAGACUUGGCUUUCGACUUGGAGGACGUCCUUGAUGGGCUUACCACUGAGAUUAAGCAACGUAAGUUGGAGGAGAAACCCUUGGAUCGUUCCAAGAAGGUGAGAAAAUUAUUCUCUAAAAUAUUUGAUGCCUUAAGUGACAGUAAGUUCAAUGCUAAGAUGGUAGCAAAGAUAGAGAACAUUACUGCGAGAUUAGAUGAGAUUGUGAAACGAAAAGAGGAUCUGCAGUUAGGGGAAUCUGUUAGAAUGAGGGUUUGCGAAAUGAGAGAAAGACCACCUUCAACCUCUUUGGUGAAUGAAGCGAAGGUUUAUGGAAGGUAUGAAGAUAAGAAGAAGAUACUUGAAUUGUUGAAUGAUGAAGCAAGAGAUGCAGAGAUUUCUGUGAUUCCUAUAGUUGGGAUGGGGGGUGUUGGUAAGACAACUCUAGUGCAGCUCGUCUACAACGAUCCAACAUCCGAGUUUGAUUUGAAAGCCUGGGUUUCUGUUGGUGAAGAAUUUGAUGUUGUCAGGAUGACCAAAACAGUUCUUCUUCAAUUGGGUGAUGGGGAUGAUGAUAAAGAUUUGAAUUUUCUUCAAGUAAAAUUGAAGGAAAGGUUGUCUGGGAAGAAGUUUUUAGUUGUUCUUGAUGAUGUUUGGACCGAGAACUAUGAGCUAUGGACUCUGUUUCGGAGUCCUUUUGAAGCAGGGGCAUCUCAAAGCAGAAUUGUUGUCACAACUCGAAGUCAGGAGGUUUCCUCGAUGAUGGGCACUACUCCAGCUUAUCCCCUCAAGGAGCUAUCAUAUGAUGAGUGCUUGUAUGUGUUUGCCCAACAUGCUUUGGGAGCAACAGAUUUUGACAAGCACUUGGAGUUGAAAGAAAUGGGUGAGGGAAUUGUCAAAAGGUGUGGAGGAAUCCCUUUGGCAGCAAAAGCUCUUGGAGGCCUCUUAAGGGCUAAACGAAAUCCUAAUUCAUGGAAGGAAGUGCUAAGAAGUGAGAUAUGGGAUUUACCUGAUGAAAAGAGCAAUGUUCUUCCAGCCUUAAGGUUGAGUUAUCUUCAUCUCCCUCCUCAUUUGAAACGUUGUUUUGCUUAUUCUGCAAUUUUGCCGAAGGAUCGUGAGUUUGAUAGGAGUACGUUAAUUUUAUUAUGGAUGGCUGAAGGUUUCUUAUAUGACCCAAGGGCAAUGGAGGACAGAGAAGAUUUAGGUCAUCAAUAUUUUGAUGAUUUAUUAUCAAGAUCAUUUUUUCAACAAUCUAAUGAUAAUAAAUCAUUAUAUAUAAUGCACGACCUAAUUCAUGAUUUAGCUCGCUUUGUUAGUAGAGAAACAUGUUUGCAUAUGGUUGAUAAGUUGGAGAGUGAAAAUUCAUAUGCAAAGAUUCGAUAUUUGUCAUUCAUUCCCCAUGAUAGAAAUUCUUUCCUAAGAUUUCAAAGCUUUUAUGAAAUGAAAAGCUUGCGAACUUUUUUAUCAUCAAGUUACACUAGAAGAUGCUACAACUUAUCUAGUGAGGUGGUGCAUGAUUUGGUACCGAAGUUAAAAUGCUUAAGGGCGCUGUCUCUAACUUCUUAUGAUGUUCAUGUGUUGCCGGAUUCCAUUGGUGCCUUGAAGCAUUUGCGGUACCUUGACUUGUCUUAUACUCGAAUCAAAAGGUUGCCUACCUCAGUGGAUAAACUCUUCAACUUACAAACAUUGAAGUUGUGUGAUUGUUCUGAGCUUAUUCAGUUACCUAGAGGCAUCUGCAAUUUACUCAACUUGCAGUAUCUUGAUAUUAUUGGCACAUCAAGUUUGCAAGAGAUGCCACCGCAUAUUGGUAAUUUGACUGGUCUCCGUAUGCUGCCUAAGUUUAUUGUGGGGAAAUGCAAUGGACAUAUAGCAGAACUGAAGAAACUUUGUAAUUUACAAGGGCAACUUUGUAUUACAAGAUUAGAGAAUGUGGUAGAUAUUCGAGAUGCAGAUUCUGCCAAUAUGAAGUAUAAGCCUGGCAUCACUGAAUUAGUGUUGCAAUGGACCGAUGAUGUUGCCUCUUUUACCAGAAAAUCAGGUGAUGAAGAGCAAGUUCUCAACUCACUGAGGCCACAUCAAAAUCUGUCAAGCCUUUCAAUUACAUCAUUUGGUGGAAGGCAAUUCCCAUCGUGGCUAGGAGAUCCUUCAUUCACUAGCAUGGUACAGGUAGAGCUGAGCAAUUGUCCUCAAAUCACACUAUUGCCAUCACUUGGACAACUGCACUUGCUAAAAAAGCUGAAAAUAGAACGUCUUAUUGCAGUGAAAGAAGUGGGUGUUGAGUUUUGUGUGGAUCAUUCAUGUUUUUCUUGUUUGGAGACUCUAGAGAUUGGAAAUAUGGAUAAUUGGGAGCUAUGGUCUUGGUCAAAUGGUCUGGGUGAAGAUUCCAUGCCAGAAUUUCCUAAGCUACGAGAGUUUCAACUACGAAGCUGUCCCAAGUUGGUUGGAAAAUUGCCCACCUCCCUUCCUUCCCUGGAAGAAUUUGGUAUUUAUAAUUGCCCGCAGUUAGUUAACUUACCAAAAUGGCUGCCUUCCUUGAAAAAUCUACAUGUGCAGCAUUGUUUGCAGUUAGUUGAUCUACCAGAAUCGCUGCCUUCACUGAAAAAUCUAUAUGUGCAGCGUUGUCCGCAGUUAGUUGAUUUACCAACAGGGCUUCAAUCUCUUAUAACACUAUCUGUCAUUGGAUGUCAAGAGGCAGUUUUGAGGAAUGUGUCUAAUGCCACCUUUCUCACUACCUUGGAAAUUUCAGCUAUAUCAGGGCUUGUGAGAUUAGAUGAAGCCAAAAUAAAGACAUUGAGGGCACUCCAAGAGUUGAAGAUUAGGCACUGUGCUGAACUAAGAUACCUGUGGGCCGAUGAAACCAAUUCAGACUAUCUCACUAGUCUAAAUUAUUUGGCAAUUCACCAAUGUAAUCGGCUUGUAUCAUUAGUAAAUGGAGAGGAGGGGCUGUUGCCUUGCAAUCUUGAAAGUUUGAAUAUUUCUGGGUGUCGUUAUCUGGAGGAGUUGCCAAGUGGGCUGAGCAAUCUCAAAUCUCUCAACUAUUUGAGUAUCCACUCAUGCGCAAGUUUAGUCUCCUUCCCAGCGAGGGGUUUGCCAGAUAAUUUGAUAACUGUCAACAUUGAAACAUGCCGUUCAUUUGCAUCCCUGCCAGAGGGAAUUAUUGGAGGAAAUAUGUCCAAUCUUGAGGAAUUGUAUUACAUAGGAUGCCCCCCUUCUCUCAGGUUCUCUCCAGAAGGGCGGCUUCCUGAUUCCCUUAAGAUUCUUGCAGUCGACUAUUGGACGACACGAUCAUUGGACUCUCUUUAUUAUGGACUUUCUCAACUCACACAACUUAGAAUAGACAACUGUCAUGAUCUAGAGUCAUUUCCAGAGAGGGAAUUGUCCAUUCCUACACUUAUCUCUUUAAAGAUUUCCUACUGUGGAAGUUUGAGGUCUCUAACCAAUCAUAUGCAGAACCUCCAGUGUCUCCAGAGUCUACAAAUACACUGUUGUAAUCAAUUUGAGUUGUUUCCAGAAAUGGGAUUGGCCAAUCCCAAGCUUUUCUCUUUGAAGAUUAUGUUCUGUGAAAAUUUGAGGUCUCUACCCAGUCAGAUGCAAAACCUCACUUCCCUUCGAUAUCUAGAGAUAUGGAAUUGUGGAGCAAUGCCAACAUUUCCAGAAGGCUGUUUACCUCCAAAUCUAACUGAGCAUUCUUUUGGUAUAUAUGUGAAUCUGACACAACCAAUGACACUGUGGGAACUUGACAGUCUUAGAAAUUUGGGCAUACGUCUGGACCAUUUAAACAGUCAGGAUCAUUUGAAUGAUUCUCUUGAGUGACUGCGCUGUUUCUUGCCAAAAGUGAUUUUGGAAUUUGCUACUUGGGAACAAAUGGAACUGUGGAAGAAUCGUAUUCCCUUCCUCUUCAGAAUUUCUUAUUGGAAACUACAUUUUCCUUGCUCUUUUAUUGCAUUUCAAUAAAUGGAUUGUAAUUGGUUCUCCUCUAUACUCUGCCAAUUCUGGUUCUGAUUUCAUUAUGUCAUCUCAGAAAUGGUAGGAAAGUGAGCUCAAGACUUCUGCAGAUUUGGGUGGAAUUCACUGAAGAUAAGGGAAAUACUUCCAGUUUCUUCACAUUAUCAAAGGGACAUUUGAAGAGUUGCUUUAAAUGAGAUUUCAGGCCUAGCCAUGUUCAAAAUCAAGCAUGGAACUUGUUCCAAUGGCCUUGUCUAUGUUUCAUGAGCUGGUUGUGAGAAUGAGUUGUCCUGUAUACCCUGCCAAUUCUGAUUCUGAUUUCAGAGUCAAUUCUGUUAAUGAUGUGGCUUGUAUUUCCAUAUGUGAUUUUUAUUCGAUUGAAUUUGGAUAUUUUGUGCUGUUGCUUAUGGAGAUCCUAAGAAUAUUGUAAAUUUUGUCUACUGCAGCAAAUUGUGAGUUUUAAGAAAUUCUACUGGGAUUAGGGUUUGAAGGAUUUGGGAGAUUGUAACUUAUUCUUUCCGUCGUAGUCACUCAUGUAUUCUCCAUAAAUAUAAACCUUACAGAAGAAUUACGUAGAUCCUGAAAGA